AUGAGAUUCCCAAUCAGAAUAAUAAUAGAGUGUAAUACAAGUGAUGCAGUCUGUGGAGGAAAAGCCUUCCCAUGGAGAUGGUUGUUUCCUGCAGUGCUGAACCUGGCCACGAAUGCUCUCAUCACAACCAAUGCUACCUGUGGAGAAAAGGGUCGGGAAAUGUACUGCAAACUUGUUGAACAUGUACCUGGACAGCCUGCAAGGAACCCUCAGUGCCGUAUUUGUGAUCAAAGGAGCAGGGUUCCACAUCAACGACAUCCAAUAACAAAUGCAAUUGAUGGCAAGAACACCUGGUGGCAAAGCCCUAGUAUUCAGAAUGGAAUUGAAUAUCAUUAUGUGACCAUUACAUUGGACCUCCAACAGAUUUUCCAGAUUGCAUAUGUUAUUGUGAAAGCAGCUAACUCACCUCGACCUGGGAAUUGGAUAUUAGAGCGUUCCCUGGACGGUGUAGACUAUCAACCAUGGCAAUAUUAUGCUAUCACAGACAGUGAGUGCCUGACGCGCUACAACAUUCAUCCCCGUCCUGGAACUCCAUCCUAUAUAAAAGAUGAUGAAGUCAUAUGCACGUCUUAUUAUUCCAAAAUCCAUCCUCUGGAGAAUGGAGAGAUUCAUACUUCUCUAAUUAAUGGACGGCCUAGUGCUGAUGAUCCUUCGCGCGUGUUACUAGAAUUCACCUCAGCUCGCUUUAUUCGCCUGAGAUUUCAGAGGAUACGGACCCUAAAUGCUGAUUUAAUGAUGUUUGCACACAAAGAUCCUACUGAAAUUGAUCCCAUUGUUACAAGAAGGUAUUACUAUUCUAUAAAAGAUAUCUCUGUUGGAGGCAUGUGUAUAUGUUCAGGCCAUGCGAAGGCUUGUCCACUGGAUCCAGCAACGAAUAAAUCUGUCUGUCAGUGUGAGCAUAACACAUGCGGAGAGACGUGUGAUCAGUGUUGUCCUGGUUUCCAUCAAAAGCCUUGGCAUGCUGGCACUUUCCUGGUUAAGCAUGAAUGUGAACCAUGUAACUGUCAUGGGAAGACUGAAGAGUGUUACUAUGAUCAGGAUAUCGCAGACAGAAAUCAGAGUUUGAACGUCCAUGGAGAAUACAUUGGGGGUGGAGUGUGUGUGAAUUGUACAGGCCACACUGGGGGCAUCAACUGCGAGACCUGCAUCGAUGGUUACUUCAGACUAAAAGGGGUAUUACCAGAUAGCCCAGAUCCAUGCCAGCCGUGUUCCUGUGAUCCAAAUGGGUCUUUACAUGAUACCUGUGUCAAAGAUGAGAAACAUGCAGAAGGAGAUAUGCUGCCUGGGUUCUGUCACUGCAAGAUUGGAUAUGCAGGAGAGAGCUGCGACAGAUGUGCCUUGGGUUAUAAAGGAUACCCUGAGUGCCUGCCCUGCAACUGCUCAGUGAAAGGCAGUGUGAAUGUUGACCCUUGCAUAGGUCCCUGCAUCUGCAAGGAACAUGUUGAAGGAGAAAACUGUGAUCGUUGCAAACCAGGUUUCUUCAAUCUGCAACAAAAUAAUCCCAAAGGCUGUGAGGAAUGUUUCUGCUCUGGGAAAACAAAAGUCUGUACACACUCCCACCUUACCUACAGAACUGUAGAAGACAUGAAUGGCUGGCAUCUGACUGGCUUACAAGGUCACAUCAAAGUCACCCCCAAGCAAAAGAGAUUUGAUGGGCAUCAGCAGUUUAGCAUCAGUAACAAGGCUGCUCGAAAAGUACUGCCAGAGACUUAUUAUUGGAGUGCACCCAGUUCUUAUUUAGGCAACAAAGUAGCAGCUGCUGGAGGACAUCUGAAAUUUACAGUCUCCUAUGACUUCACAGAGGAAGAAGAGACAGCUCAAUUAAUGGUUCAAUCUGAUGUAAUAAUAGAGGGAGGUGACUUGAGAAUCAGCACUGCAAAAGAGGGGAUUCACCUGCAGCCUUCUGAAGAGCACACUGAAGAAACUGUCCUGAAACCAGAAUCUUUCUCUGUGCAUGGUACUGAUGUUCCAGUCAGCAGGAGGGAAUUCAUGACCAUCCUUGCAAAUGUAAAGAGAAUCCUCCUAAGAGCCACAUACAGCUAUGGGAUGAAUGCCAUCUACAGACUAAAAAGUGUUAGCAUUGAAGCUGCUGACCACGCUUCCUCUGGGAGAAAGGUGGCAUCUGCAGUGGAGUUAUGUGACUGUCCCCCAGGGUAUGAUGGUACCUCGUGUGAGUCUUGCUGGCCUCGACACAGGCGUGUGAAUGGCACAAUUUUUGGUGGAGUCUGUGCACCAUGUACAUGCUUUGGUCAUGCAGAAUUGUGUGAUGACAUCACAGGAGAAUGCCUGGACUGCAAACACAACACAGGUGGUUCAUAUUGUGAUAGAUGUCUUCCUGGCUUUUAUGGUGAUCCUACUAAAGGGACAGCUGAAGACUGUCAGCUGUGUGCUUGUCCCCUGAAUAUACCAUCUAACAACUUCAGCCCAACGUGCCACUUUGACCGCAGUCAUGGAUUAAUAUGCGAUGAAUGCCCAGCUGGAUACGUGGGACCACGUUGUGAAAGGUGUGCAGAAGGCUAUUUUGGACAACCUCUAAUACCGGGAGGAUCUUGCCAGCCAUGCCAGUGUAAUAACAACCUUGACUUCUCCGUUCCUGGCAGCUGUGACAGCUUGUCUGGUGCUUGCCUGAUCUGUAAGCCAGGUACAACAGGCCAGUAUUGUGAGAGGUGUGCUGAUGGAUAUUUUGGCGAUGCUCUUGAUGCAAGGAACUGUCAACCCUGUCACUGUCACAUCAAUGGCUCCUUCUCUGAGAUAUGUGACUCUCGGACAGGCCAGUGUGAGUGUAAAGCCAACGUGGUUGGGCGCCGGUGUGACAUCUGCCAGCCUGGAACAUUUGGCUUACAGUCUGCAAGAGGAUGUGUUCCCUGCAACUGCAACUCUUUUGGUUCCAAGUCCUUUGACUGUGAUGGAGAUGGGCAGUGUUAUUGCCAGCCUGGAGUAACAGGAAAGAAGUGUGACCGCUGUGCUCAUGGAUUUUAUAACUUUGAAGAAGGAGGGUGUACUCCCUGCGACUGUUCACGUUUUGGCAACAACUGUGAUCCCAUCAGUGGUCGCUGUAUCUGCCCUCCCAAUACUGUUGGAGAGAUGUGUGACAAAUGUGCACCAAAUUACUGGGGCCAUGACAUUGUCAGUGGCUGCAAGCCCUGUGACUGCAGCCUCAUUGGAGCCCUGAGUUCUCAGUGUGACUUAAAUACAGGCUGUUGCUUCUGCCGUCCUGAAUUCUCUGGGGAUAAAUGCACUGAGUGCAGGUUGGGUUACUGGAAUUAUCCACAAUGUGUUGCUUGCCAGUGCUUCCUGGCAGGGACUGAUCCACAGAGCUGUGAUGCAGAGUUGGGGAAGUGCUCAUGCACUGAUCAAACUGGCCAAUGCAGCUGCAAGGUUAAUGUGGAAGGUAUCCACUGUGACAGGUGCAAGUCUGGUGCAUUUGGUCUCUCUGCCAGAAACCCACUUGGCUGCAGCAGUUGCUAUUGCUUUGGCCUGACUACACAGUGCAGUGAGGCAAGGGGGCUGGUUCGCACGUGGGUGACCUUGAAGCCAGAGCAAAUGAUUUUACCACUGGUGGAUGAAAAGCUUCAGCGCAGCACUCUUUCAGGGAUUGCAUUCCAACCUCCUGAAAUAGUAGCAAAUAUUGAGCAGGUGAUGCAGGAUCUUCGGUCAGAACCUGUUUACUGGAGACUUCCAGAGCAGUUUGAGGGACGAAAGCUGACUGCUUAUGGAGGGAAACUGAAAUAUGCAAUCUACUUUGAAGCACGAGAAGAGACAGGUUUUACUACUUACUACCCGCAAGUCAUCAUAAGAGGUGGGCCUCCCACUCAUCCAAGAAUUCUUGUCCGGCAUAUGGCUGCCCCUCUGAUUGGGCAACUGACAAGGCAUGAAAUAGAGAUGACAGAGGCAGAUUUCACGUGGAAGCAUUAUGGAGAUGAGCCAAGACCAAGUAGAGCUGUAUCCCGAGAAGAAUUCCUGAAUGUGUUGUAUGAUGUUCAUUACAUUCUUAUUAAGGCUACUCAUGGCAAUAUCAUGAGGCAGAGCAGGAUUUCUGAGAUCUCAAUGGAAGUUGCUGAAGGAGGCACUGUGUCUGGAAUGACCCCUCAGGCCCACUUGAUUGAGAAAUGUGACUGCCCCUUGGGUUAUUCUGGUUUGUCCUGUGAGUCAUGCUCCCCAGGAUUUUAUAGGCUUCCAUCUUCAGCUGCAGGAAGGACACCUGCUCAGCCCUUAGGCACCUGUGUUCCAUGUCAGUGUCAUGGACACAGUACUAUGUGUGACCCUGAAACAUCCAUUUGUCAGAAUUGUCAGCACAACACUGCUGGUCACCACUGUGAGAGAUGUGCCAUGGGAUUUUAUGGCAUUGUCCAAGGCUCUCCAGAUGACUGUCAACCUUGUGCUUGUCCUCUGUCCAUUUCUAGUAACAAUUUCAGCCCCUCUUGUGUUGCGGAAGGACCUGGCGAUUACCGGUGUACUGCGUGCCCACCUGGAUAUGAAGGCCAGUACUGUGAAAGGUGUUCUCCUGGCUACACGGGAAACCCACAGAGUCCAGGAGGCUCCUGCCAGGAAUGUGAGUGUGAUCGCUACGGUUCCCUGCCUGUCCCCUGUGACCCUGUCACUGGACAGUGCACUUGCAAGCCUGGCUUCACAGGGUGGAAAUGUGCUGGCUGUGAGCAUCGGCAUGCGCGUGAUGGCAUGAAGUGCAUUUCUUGUGAUGAUGAAUGCACAGGACUCCUUCUCAAUGACCUCGAUCGGCUAAACCAGAUGAUCCUUAGUGUUAACCUUAGUGGUCCACUGCCUGCUCCAUAUAAAAUGUUGCAUGGGUUUGAGAACAGGACACAGGAAUUAAAGCAUUUGCUUUCACCACAGAGAGCACCAGAGAGACUUCUUCAGCUAGCACAAGAAAAUCUGGAUACCCUGGUGACAGAGAUGGAUGAACUACUGACAAGAGCUACCAAGGUGACAGCAGAUGGUGAGCAAACCAGGCAGGAUGCUGAGAGGACUAAUGACAGAGCGAAAUCUCUCCGACAGUUCGUCAAAGGCAUUCUUCAGGCUGCUGAAGCUGCAAAUGAAGAUGCUCUAAGACUGAAUGAGACACUCAGAUCCCAAGACAGCACCUUGGAGAAGAGUCUUCCAGAACUACAGCGUGAGGCUGACAGAAUGAUCACAGAGAUGAGAAGUAGAGAGAUGAAUAUGCAAGAAAGAAUAGCUCAAGAUGAGUUGAAGAAUUCAGAAGAUCUCUUGGACAAGGUGAAGAAAUUAUUUGGUGAACCCAGUCAGAAAAAUGAAGAUCUGAAAAAUGAGGUCCGGGACAAGCUGGCAAACUACCACACCAAAGUUGAUGAUGCUCGAGCUCUGCUAAGAGAAGCUACAAGCAAAAUUAGGGAAUCUGAUCGUUUAUCUGCAGUCAACCAAAAAAACAUGACCUUGGUAGAGAAAAAGAAGCAAGCUGUAGAAGACGGCAGACAAGCUGUUGAGAAGAGCCUACAGGAAGGGAAUGAUAUCCUUAAUGAAGCCAGCAAACUUGCGAAUGAAAUCAGCUUAGCUAUAGAGUAUGUAGAAGAUGUUGCAGGAAAGAUGCAGCCCAUGUCUGACCAGCUGAAGGAUAAAAUAGAUGACUUGUCACAAGACAUUCGAGAUAGGAUGCUUCCAGAAAAGGUGUUGCAAGCUGAGAACCAUGCAGCCCAGCUGAAUGAAUCAUCUGCAAUACUGGAUGGAAUCCUUGAUGAAGCCAAAAACCUCUCUUUCAAUGCCACACUUGCUUUCAAUGCUUAUACUAACAUCAAGGAUUACACAGAUGAAGCUGAAAAAGUUGCCAAGGAAGCCAAGGCUCUUGCAAAUGAAGCCAUGCAAGCGACAUCUGGUCCUCAAGGAUCAUUGAAGGAUGGCGCCAAGAGCUCUCUUCAGAAAAGCUUCAGGGUCCUUAAUGAAGCCAAGAUGUUAGAAAAUGAUGUCAAAGAAAAGGGGGAUAAUCUGGACAGCAUGCAGAACAGGCUGAAAGAUGCUGAUGAUAAGAAUUCCAUUCUCCUGAGAGCUCUGAACGAAACCUUUGGAAAGCUGUCAGCCAUUCCUAACGAUACAGCUAUAAAGGUACAGGCAGCCAAAGACAAAGCAAGACAGGCCAAUGAUACUGCAAAUGAUGUCCUGGGCCAGAUUAAAGACCUCAACCAGAAUCUCCUGGGCUUGAGAAACAACUACAGUAAACUUGCAGGAGAUGUGGCAAAAACAAACGCUGUUGUGAAGGAUCCUGUCCAGAACAAAAUCAUUGCUGAUGCAGAUUCUAGUAUUAAAACCCUAGAAAAGGAAGCAGAUCGCUUGCUAGAUAAAAUCAAGCCAAUCAAAGAACUUCAGGAUAACAUAGGGAAAAACAUCUCCCAGAUAAAAGAGCUGAUAAACCAAGCUCGGAAGCAAGCCAAUUCGAUCAAAGUGUCUGUGUCCUCUGGAGGCAAUUGUAUUCGCACAUACAGACCAGAAAUUAAGAAGGGAACAUACAACACCAUCGUUGUAAAUGUGAAGACUGCAGUUGCUGAUAAUCUGCUUUUUUACCUUGGAAGUGCCAAGUUUACUGACUUCUUAGCCAUAGAGAUGCGCAAAGGCAAAGUGAACUUCCUGUGGGAUGUGGGAUCUGGUGUUGGACGGGUAGAGUAUCCAGAUCUGACCAUUGAUGAUGGGUUUUGGUACCGGAUUGAAGCCUCUAGGACGGGGAAAAAUGGCACGAUAUCGGUGAGAGCUCUGGAUGGUCCUAAAGCCAGCAUUGUGCCAGCCACCUUCAGCGCUGUCUCUCCACCUGGAUAUACCAUUCUGGAUGUAGAUGCUAAUGCCAUGCUCUUUGUUGGUGGUUUAACUGGAAAAAUAAAGAAGUCAGAUGCUGUAAGAGUCACCACCUUCACUGGCUGCAUGGGUGAAACCUUUCUAGACAGCAAGCCCAUAGGACUGUGGAACUUCAGGGAUAUUGAAGGUGACUGCAAAGGAUGUGCUGUCAGCCCACAGGUGGCAGACGGUGAAGGGACAGUCCAGUUUGAUGGUGAGAGCUACGCCAUGGUGAGCCGCCCAAUCCGUUGGAAUCCCAAUAUUUCCACAGUCAUGUUCAAAUUCAGGACCUUCUCAUCAAAUGCCCUGAUGAUGUAUCUUGCCACUGAUGACUUGAAGGAUUUCAUGAGUGUAGAACUCAGUGGUGGGCGUAUCAAAGUCAGCUACGAUCUGGGUUCAGGUACAGCUUCUGUUGCCAGCAACCAAAAUCAUAAUGAUGGCAAAUGGAAAGCUUUUACCCUGUCAAGAAUUCAAAAACAAGCCAACAUAUCAAUUGUGGAUAUAGACACCAAUGAAGAAGAGACCAUAGCAACAACUUCUACAGGCAGCCACUUUGGGCUCAACUUAAAAGGGCAUGAGAAAAUAUAUUUUGGGGGACUGCCAACCCUGAGAAAUCUAAGUAUGAAAGCAAGGCCUGAAGUGAUCUUGAAGAAAUAUACAGGUUGCCUCAAAGAGAUUGAAAUUUCAAGGACACCUUAUAAUAUAUUGAGUAGUCCUGAUUUUGUUGGUCUGACCAAGGGAUGCACACUAGAGAACAUUUACACUGUUAGCUUCCCCAAGCCAGGUUUUGUGGAACUGCAGCCUGUCUCUUUCGAUGUGGGCACAGAAAUCAACCUCUCCUUCAGCACCAAGAAUGAGUCUGGGAUCAUCUUGUUUGGCACAAGUGGCACAGUUGUUCCCCCCAGGAGAAGGCGCAGAUACACUGGGGGGAAAGCUUCCCCUCUGAGGAGAAAGCGCAGACAGACGGGACAGGCCUACUAUGCGGUUUUCCUGAACAGAGGUCGACUAGAAGUCCACAUCUCCACUGGGAUACGGGAUCCCCACAGAAUCACCAUCAGACCAGAGGCUGGAGAGUUCCAUGAUGGCAGACCACAUUCCAUCCGGAUAGAAAGAGCUAAAGGGAUGUUCACUGUUCAAGUAGAUGAAGACAAAGGCCAGACUCAGAGAUUACCAACAGACCAGCCCAUCUCUGUUAAGAAACUCUUUGUGGGGGGUACUCCUUCUCAGUUUCAGAUUGCACCUCUCAGAAACAUUCCACCAUUUGAGGGCUGUAUAUGGAAUCUUGUCAUUAAUGCUAUCCCCUUGGACUUUGCUCAACCCGUGUCCUUUGAAAAUGCCGAUAUUGGCCGAUGUCCCUCUCGAGAACCAGAGGCUAGGUCACCUGAAGAAGAAGAUAAACCAAUCCACUCAACAGUCCCAAUCCAACCUGAACCAGACACUACUGGGGAGAAAGAAGGGCCAAGGACUCCUCCUACUUUCCCUCCUCCUCCACCACCAUCUCUAUCUUCAACACUUGAUUCGUUUGCCACUGAAAAGAAGAACGCCAGAAUCACUUCUCCAUUUGACUCCAUGACGGAUUCCUGCACUGCUGACACAGAACCAGCCAUUUUGGAAGGUGGCAAGCAAUUUGGUCUUUCAAGGAACAGCCACAUUGCCGUUGCAUUUGAUGACACCAAAGUGAAAAACAGACUUACCAUUGAAUUUGAAGUCCGAACAACAGCUGAUUCUGGCUUGCUGUUUUAUAUGGCCCGCAUCAACCACGCUGACUUCGCUACAGUUCAGAUAAAGAAUGGACUGCCUUACUUCAGCUAUGAUCUGGGGAGUGGAGACACCAACACAGUGAUUUCCAACAAAAUAAAUGAUGGCCAGUGGCACAAGAUAAAAGUAAUUCGAACCAAGCAAGAAGGAAGCCUUAUAGUAGAUGAUGUUUCAAACAAGACUGUAAGCCCCAAGAAAGCCGAUAUACUGGAUGUUGUAGGAAUGCUGUAUGUUGGAGGAUUGCCCAUUAACUACACAACUAGAAGGAUUGGCCCGGUCACCUACAGCAUCAACGGCUGCAUCAGAAAUUUUAAAAUGACAGAAUCACCUGUUGACCUGGAUAAUCCAACUUCCAGUUUCAAUGUUGGAAAAUGCUUUGUCACUGCACAGGAAGGAACAUACUUUGAUGGAACAGGCUUUGCCAAAACAGUUGGUGCAUACAAAGUGGGAACGGACCUGCUUGUGGAAUUUGAAUUCCAUACAACACGAAUGAAUGGUGUUCUCCUUGGAGUCAGCAGCCAGAGAAUGGAUGGGCUUGGCAUCGAAUUAGUAGAUGGAAAAGUAAUGUUUCACGUUGACAAUGGUGCAGGCCGAUUCUCUGCUAUCUAUGAGCCUGAAUCACCAGGCAGCUUGUGUGAUGGACAGUGGCACAAGGUUCUUGCAAACAAGAUCAAACACCGUUUAGAGCUGACUGUGGAUGACAGACAGGUGGAUGGUAGCAGCCCAAACAGAGCCUCAACCUCAGCAGACACCAAUGACCCUGUCUUUAUUGGAGGAUAUCCUGAUGGUGUGAUCCAGUUUGGGCUGACCACUAAUAUCCGUUUUAAAGGAUGUAUUAGAUUUCUGAAGCUCACCAAGGGCACUGCCAAACCUCAAGAGAUUAACUUCAACAAAGCUUUGGAGCUGAAGGGUGUUCAACCGCUCUCAUGCCCUGCAAACUAACAGUCAUUCAACCAAUGUGGGUCUGUUCAUGUAAGCUCCUCAGAUAAAAAGAAGAAAAAUAUAUAUAUAUACAUGUAAUACAUAAUAAAAUCUCUUUAUGC